AUGUUCCGGCGGAUCUUCGGCUCCUCGUCGAAGGCCGAGAAGCCAAAUCGUCGCGGGUCCGAGACGAGGGCGGGUGGACCGGGACCGGUCGAGGAGGAUGCCCCGCCGGAGCCCGAGAUCGUCGACACCGGUUCUGAGGAUGAUUUCGACGAUGGGGACGCGACUGCCGAGCCCUGCGCGGACGCGUGCGCACCAGAGCUGAGGGCUCUGUUCGACUCGAACCUCUUAUCGGAUCGUCGCGUUCAUGCGGGCAGGAUCUCGGCCCUCGCCGCGUCGCUCGAGGCCCAUCCCGCGCCCGUCCCGAACGACCUCGCGCCGCGGGUCGUCGACGCCAUCGCAUCCGCGCUCAACGCCAAGACGACCGUUACGACCGUUACGUCGAGGGAGCAGUGCGCCAGGCUCGUCUCUGCAAUCGCGUCGCACCCGUGGAACGUCGACGUCGCGCUCGAGUGCCUUCGCCGAUGCGACGAAGCGUUCGAGUUCGCGUUCGAGGGCGAGGAGCUCCAACGCGACGUAACGGUCGUAACGGGCCACUCCAAGAGGGGGCGAAAGGGAAAGAGGGGCGUUUCGUCCGCGAAGGUAACCUGGCCGCUGCAUCUGCACGUGACGGUCGCGAUGCUUCGAAUAUUCGGCGACUCGUUCGGCGCCCCUGAGCUGCUCGAGAUGCACAGGGACGACUGCGACGCGGCGGUGGUCGCGACGCUUCAACUUCUAGAUCACGCCGUUUCGUCUUCCCAGGGCGACGCGUCUCGGCUGGCGUCGCGCGCGUGCGGUUUGCUUCACGCGCUCACCACCCCUCAGGCGCAUUUCCUCGAGGGCGACCGCAACGAGACGCCGAUGACGGAGCUGGCGAAAGGGUUCCGUCGGAUCGUCGGGGACCUGACGCGGGCGUUCAUCGAGCGCGACGCGCCGCGACGGUUGGUAUCCGCGCUCGAGACCAUGGCGAUCGUCUCGUCGUCGAAGGCGGGUAGCCGGGAGGACGCCGAUGCAUCGAGCGCCGCGAUCAAGGCGAUGCGAAACCUGCUGCUCCACACGGACGAACGCGGCGCGCAGCUGCGCAAGGCGCUGGCGCAGAGCGAGAUGACGGUCCGCGUCCUCGAGCCGUUUCUCGCGCGCGCGGUCCGCGACGCCCGCGACGCCGAGACGUCCCUUUGCGACGAAGAGGACGAGGAUGACCACCGGGCGGUGACUCACCGGGCGGUGACUCACCGGGAGGCUUCCGACGACGGGUGGCGCGAGCGAAGGGUGUACGAGCGUAAACGAGCGCUCCGCACCGCGUCCGCCGCCGUCGCCGACGCCUUGAACGCGCUCGUCGUCGCCACGCACAAGGACGGUACCCUGCGCCAGAGACUCUUGUGCGGCGUCGGGGGGGACAGAGUGUCGGACACGAAAGUCGGACAAAGCGCGACGGAGGCGGCUUCGUUGGUACCCGGGGGCGUCCUCGGCGUCGAGUGCCUCGCGUGUAACCUUAACGUCGUCGACGCGUUGUUACGCUUAGCCUGUAACCUGGGCGUCGGGUGCGGGGACGACGGCGGGGGCGCGCCGGCGAAGGGUGGUCGGGAACGGUGGGUGCGAACGCUCACGGAGCGGUGCAUCGACCGCCUAGACGACGACGCGGCGGUGAUUUUAUCGACGAGGUUCGCGGAGGAGGUGCGAUCGGCGCCGGUCGUCAGGGAUUGCAAGACGCACGGGUGGCUCGUGUCGCUGCUUCCGGAGCCCACCGCGCCGAGGGUGGUCGUGGAGGCGGCGCUCAAGGGAGGUGGUGGAGGAGGAGGAGGAGGGAAAAGGAACAGGCGAAACAGGGGAAAGAGUCAGCCGGGCGCCGGCGGAUCUAAUAAUAAGCAGCGACCCGGAGGUGGCAAAACCGAGAAGGAGAAGGCUCGCAAGCGCGAGCAGCGACGCCGCAAGAAGCGGCGCGAGAAGGAGGCGAAGGAGGCGGGGCGCAGACGCGACGAAGCGAGCGUCGAGGGGGAGAGCGCGAGUAGUCCCGCGAUCGCGAGGAGUCCGCCCCCGAGGGUCGUCGGCUGCGACGCGGCGCAGGUGAUUGAGGUCCGUCGAUCGACUCCCAAAGUCGAGGACGACGAGGUGGUCUCGGACGACGGCGACGGCGACGAGGGUUCUUCGCUCGGCGGCGACUCGUCGGGUGAUGACGUUCGGGGGGUGAACGAGUUCAAGAUUGGGUUCGGCGCGUCGUCGUCGCAACGACCGGUGUUUGUGAACCCGAUGUUUGACAGCAAGGAAGACACCCUCGAGGGGGUGGACAAGUUGCUCGAGGAGGUGGACCGACUCGGUUUUUAG